UAAAAGCGGGCAAUAAUCGUGUCCACAUCGUCAGAUUUUUUGACACGUAUCGGCUACGUUUGCUUCUUUCACCGCAGAUUCACGGAGCAUUCAUCGGAUCUACAAGUAUCUGCACUAGUUUUUUCCAGGUCCACAUCCCAGUUCGAUAGUGCUCUUACCGCCUCAGCCUCAUCAAAAUCAUGUCUCACCAAACCAGCUCAGGAUUUACCAAGGAGGAAGAGUUGCUUUUGCAAGAUUUCAGCCGAAAUGUGAGCACCAAGUCAAACGCACUUUUCUACGGAAAUGCUUUCAUUAUUUCCGCUGUGCCGAUCUGGCUCUUCUGGAGAGUGCACCAAAUGGAACUGCUUCCUUCAUUGGUGUUCUUCGCUAUAAUAACCGGGCUUAGCACUUAUCUGAUGGCCAUGGCCUACAAGUACACCAAGUUCACCCUGAAGCACAAGAUUGCAAAUAAGCGUGAGGAUGCUGUGACCCGCGAAAUGACCGCACUGCUAGCCGAUGACAAAAAAAUCAGUCGCAAGGAAAAAGACGAACGCAUCCUGUGGAAGAAGAACGACGUGGCCGAAUACGAGGCGACCACUUUCUCCAUCUUCUACAAUAACGCUCUCUUCCUGGCUGUAGUCAUCUUCGCAAGCUUCUACCUUUUGCGUUCCUUCACGCCCACCUUCAACUACAUUUUGUCGGUGGCUGGAGCUAGCGGUUUGAUGGCGCUGCUGUCGACUGGAAAGUCUGCGUAAUUUACACCAUACCGGGAGAAAACACGAGUCGAUGCCAGAUUGGCGGUAAGAUUCAACUUUUUUUUGUGUGUUUUGUAACAUGUAGUUAUUUUCCGAAGAAUUCAAGACUUUCGCAUUUAAGUUUAAGAAGGCAGGUUUUUCUUCGGUUUAUUCUCACAAUUUUGAGUUUAAUUUAAAAUCAUCAAAGUGAACACAUUUUUUUUCAUAAGCUCAGUACUGAUUCAGGGAAGGUUUUAACUUCUCAUGAUAGAUAAUUUAAGAGAAAAUUUGAACGACUAUUUUCAUAGCCUGGAAAGAGAUUCAAACGUAUCACAAUAAAAAGAAGUGCGUGGAAAGUUCAA